GUAGGGAAAUUGUCUUAAUGCCUCCCUCAACUUGCUCAUUUUUGUAAAGUUGUCCAUGAAUUGCAGCCCCCUGUAGUGGCACCCAGGGGAUAAGGGCCUUGCUCAAGGGCCCGCAGACGUGCUGAGGCUGGGUUUGAACCGGUGACCUUACAGGCACACAGGCUGCCCCCAUGAUGUGGGAAGAAAUAAAUCUAUUUCUGGAUUUUAAAACAAGCUACAAUAACUAAAUUGGUGUUUCCUUAUAAGACAUAAAUCCGCCGCCAUAAAGAGGAGUCAGAUAAAUUUCCUGCAUUGCUCAAUGCUACAAACGCCACCCACUUCAUACUAAAUAAAUUGAAGAUAAAAAAAGGUAAAUCAGCCAUUUUAUCCAGCAAGUAUUUGUUGUGCUGAAGAAGGGAAAGAGUCUACAUUUUAGGUCUAUUUUAAGAGCAUCAUCAUGUCAUACCUGACUCCCAGCAUGACUAUUGGUGGAAAAGGCGGUUCAGCAUUUGACUUCACUGGUAUCACAAAUGGAGCCACACUGAAGAAGAUUUGGGUGUGGGUGAGUGGCUGGCAGGUGAAAGCCUUGAAGGUUUGGCUUACUGACGGCCAGUCCAGGCAGUUUGGAAAUCCUGAUGGGGACUAUUCAGAAUUUACAUUUGCAGAUGGAGAGCAGUUUACCUCUCUUUCUCUGUGGGGAAAUGGAGCUGGAACACGUCUGGGUGCCAUCAAAUUCAGGACAAAUCACUCCCGGGAGUUCUUCGCACACAUGACACAGUGGGGGCUGAAAAGAGAAUACGGAAUUGAAACUGGAUCUGGGAUCUGCAUGGGAAUCAAAGGACGAGCAGGUGCAGACAUUGAUAGUUUAAGCUUCAUAUUCAUCAACACCAUCAAGUCUACAGUGUUAAAAGAUGUUCAGUACCCCACUCUUCAUGAGGUGAUACCCAAUGUGGCUGUUGAGGAAAUUAAAUCCAUGACUUACCAGAACACAUCCACUGUAUCGCAAGAAUGCAAAAUCGAAACCUCAAAGACAAUCACCAGAAAGUCCUCCUGGUCUGUGUCCCUCAACCAGUCAUUCACCAGUAGCAUGGAAGUGCAGGCUGGAAUUCCACAGGUUGCACAAGUCAAAACUGGAUUCAGUUUCACACUAGGAAAUGUAAGCACAUAUGGUUUGGAGAACACAGAGCAGAAGACUGAUCUGAUGUCUUUUCCCGUCCAUGUUCCUCCAGGGAAAACAAUGAAAGUCGACAUCACAAUUGGUCGGGCCACAGUAGAUCUCCCCUAUACUGGCAUAAUCCAAAUUACCUGCUUUAAUGGCAGUGUUCUGGAAUUUCAAACCAGUGGGACCUACAAGGGCCUCACUUACACAAAUGCGAACACAGUUGUGAAAGAAUUAGCCUAACUAUUAGUACAGUAAGAAUUUAUCCUGCUGUCUCUGGAGAGCUUUAGAGCAGAUCAAAUAAUCAAAAAAUGAUAAUGUAUUAUUAAGUCUUUUGUAGUUUCAGGGUGUCAUGCCAGAC